CAGUCGGGGCGCAAAAAACUGCGUUGAAAACGUAAAUCAUAAAAGAUUUCUACAACCGAGGAGACUUCUAGAGAAGGCAUGAAGAUUAUGGAUUUACCCGGAGACAGUCCGCUCCCCGGUAUGAGAGAAUUUAACUGAUGGAGUUUAUCGCCUCUUCUGAUCGGCGUGAAGUUGCUUCUGUCGACCCAUGAUGGACGCGGGACGGACGUCCGGGACUCUCACACCUGACCGCGCAGCCUGUGCCAACACAUGAAGAAGGGACACCUGCUUUGUCUGCUGAAACGUCGGGGCUCCUCGGACGGCGCCGGGACGAUGGGGGUCAGAAACGGGUCCAGAGCCCAGCAGCAGCAGCUGCUGCAGCGCUCCAGACCCAUCUCCAAACUGUACUUCAGCUUCAUCCUGCUCCUGCUCAUUUUCACACCCAGGGUGGACUCUUCGUGGUGGUACAUUGGCGCGCUGGGUGCCCGAGUGAUAUGUGACAACAUUCCCGGCCUGGUGAGCAAGCAGCGGCAGCUGUGCCAGCGCCACCCCGACAUGAUGCAGUCCAUCAGCGAGGGGGCCAAGGAGUGGAUCCGGGAGUGCCAGCAUCAGUUCAGACACCACCGCUGGAACUGCAGCACGCUGGACCGGGACCACACGGUGUUUGGCAGGGUGAUGCUGCGAAGCAGCCGAGAGGCAGCGUUUGUGUACGCCAUCUCCUCGGCUGGAGUGGUCUACGCCAUCACCCGGGCCUGCAGUCAGGGGGAGCUCAAGAUCUGCAGCUGCGACAACAGCAAGCGCGGCCAGGCCAGCGACGACAAGGGCAGCUUCGACUGGGGCGGCUGCAGCGACAACAUCAACUACGGCAUCAAGUUCGCAAAAGCCUUCGUGGACGCCAGAGAGAAGAAGGAGAAGGACGCCCGGGCCGUGAUGAACCUGCACAACAACGAGUGCGGCCGAAUGGCUGUGAAGCGCUUUAUGAAGCUGGAGUGCAAGUGUCACGGGGUCAGCGGCUCCUGUUCUCUGAGAACCUGCUGGCUGGCCAUGUCUGACUUCAGGCGGACCGGAGACUACCUCCGCAAGAAGUACAACACGGCCAUCGAGGUGACCGUGAACCAGGACGGAACGGGCUUCAUGGUGGUGGACGGCAACUUCAAGGGAACCACCAAGAACAAGUUAGUCUACGUGGAGAACUCCCCAGAUUACUGCCUCAUGGACCGAGCAGCAGGCUCCCUGGGCACAGCAGGCCGAGUGUGCAACAAGUCGUCAAGGGGCACAGACGGCUGUGAGGUCAUGUGCUGUGGGCGGGGCUACGACACCAUGCGUGUCAAACGUGUCACCCAGUGCGAGUGCAAAUUCGAGUGGUGCUGCGCCGUGGAGUGCAAAGACUGCGAGGAGGUGGUGGACAUUCACACCUGCAAGCCCCACAAGAGGCCUGAUUGGCUGGACAUAACCUAGGCAGGAAGGGCCAGACCAAUCACAGCGCGCGGUCCUGUGCUGAACGACGAACUCCUGGGAUCUCGUAACUCUAAUACCUCUGGUUUUCUCUGCUUGGACACUUCCUGAAGUUAAGACUUCACAAACAUUCAUGAAAUGGUGGUGAACUGGAAAUUAGGCCCAGUUCCUGAUCAUGUGCUGCUUUAAAGUGUUUAUAAGAACAAUAUGUCAAGCCUUUAUAAGACAAACUUUGAAUCUUUGAUAUGAAAUGGCUGAAUAUUAUAUUCUGAUGUACAUGCACCCUUUGAUGAGGCAGAUAUAUGAUCCAAUGCCUUCGUAUUUUAUAGUCUAUUAAAAUGGAGUGAGCUCAAGAGAAGACCAGUAAUAUUUAGUCUGACCUGAAGGAGUUGAAGGGAGGGGAUGAGGAGAUUUUUUGAGAUAUUGUAAAAUCACUGACAUUAUAUCAAUUAAAAUGACUUCAAGUCAUUGUAAGGUACUUCAACAACUCACUUAAUAUAAAGACACUUGCUGCUAAUUAGUGCAACAGUUGUACUAAAACAGAGUUAGAGGGCGUUUUUCUUAAUUAAAGCCAGAUAAUCACACUGUGAACAUAAAAGAGCCACCGACAGGAGAUCGAGCAAGGACUUUUAAGGUAAAGUGGCGGCAAUCUCACCGCAAAAGAGUGCUGGAAGAAAAAAG